UACGAGCGCCGGCCGGCCCGGGCUCGGCCGGCCCGUGUGGAGCAGGGGGCGAGCCGCGGCCCCGCCAUCGCCGCCCGGGAUCGGCCCGGCCCCGCCGGGCUGCGCCGCCGGCUCGCUGCCCAUGUCCCAGCCGCCCCUGCCCGCCCGCACAGCCGGUGCCCGCCCGCGCUGCAGGGACGCUGCGCUCUGGAAGUUUUCCCGAGGCGCGCUGGGGUGCUGGCGCAGCUCGGGCGAUUACAUGCGGACACUUCGCUUUCAGCCAUGCCUGCCCCGGGAGCUCUCUGCCUGCUGUAAUUUUCUCCCUUUGAUCUCGCUGGAUCCUCUCUCGGGCUCCGGAGCUCCGCUUGCACCUACCUGCCUGCUGCGUGUGCGCGAGAGAGGGUUUCUCCUCUGGGUUUUUCUUACGUUUUUUCUGCUACAAGUACCGAAUUUUUUUACUUAGCACCGAACGCGAACAGCAUCAGAGCCACACGACUUUUUUAAGCUACUGGAAAUAACUUUUGCCUGGGAUUUACAGCAGCAUUCCCUGCCGGCCCCUGCGGACUCCAGCAGGCUCGCAGCCUAACAGGUUUGCAAAGCUUUUUUUUUUUUUUCCUUGUAAAUCCCCGUUUCUCUCCACAGCCGUGCGAUCACCGUGACUUCGGUUUUAAUCGAAAACACCUCCCGCCUGAAUUCUCCCGGUUAUGAAGGCUCCUCGCUACGUUUCAUGUGACCUUUGGGCAGAGCAUGGAACUUUCUAUUUUAUUUUGUGGGGCCUUGAGUCGGGAUCUUCUUAACGUGCGCUUGGAAGCGGUCAUACCGGAACUCGGGCGCGCACAGAAAUAGUGCCAGAGAAACCAGAUACGCCGUAACUUUCUGCCUGAUACCUGUUCGGCUUGGUGUCUAAACUUUUAUGAGUGUUUGGGGGGCCUUUUUAUUUCCUGGGAACUUGGAAACUAUGAAGAGGAGCUCGGUGCUUUAUUAAUUACCCUGGAGAACUGCACCCGGAGUCAGACUCUUGAGCAUGGAUUGCUAGGAGAAAGGUAAAGCUGGUCUUGAAUGAAGCACUUCUGGCACGAGGAAGAUGGAAGGGAUCAACUCCAUUUGGAAGGGGAUGGUACCGAAGCAAACUUUCUUUUCAGCCUAAAUUCAAGGAAUACCGCCUGCCUGAUUUCUGGGAAGGAUACUGAUCGGUGCAGAUAACAUUCAAGGUUGUGCCUGUGCUGUGGGAAAUGCUGGCAAGGAGGUGAGGUGUCUCUCGAGGGUGUUUGGGAUGGGUGUUUUGAACCUCUGGAUCUUCCUCACUCCCGGGCAGGACACACGAGGACUCCACAUCGGCGGGGAGACCUCCCCACACCUCAUCCCCGUGGGACCACUGAGUUCCCAAUGCUCCGUGGCGUUCCCGUAGACCCGAACUGAUUUCUUCCUUCGCAACCCGCUUCGCUGAUCUUUCCGGAUUUAUCUGCUGGAGGAGGGACUCGCGAUAUUGGAUAUUUUUUUAAUUUUUUAUUUUUAUUUUUAUUUUUUUUAUUUUUUUUUUAGUCUGUUUGUUUAAAAUAUGCCUCUGAGCUCCCAGCGGCCCUUGAGCACGUGGCACCGAGGAAGAGGGACGGCGAUGGCGAGAGCCAGCGUUGCCCGUUGAGCCGCGCUGGCGGUGGCCGAGCCCCUCCGUGCCGUGCCCGGGGUCUCUCUGGGAGCGCCCACUCGGACCCCCCCAAGGAGCUUUUCCCAUCGGAUCCCGCCGCGGGGUGAGGACGCGUUCCCGACGGUAUGUGUGGCCCGAGCGCGCUGCUGCAGCUGGUAGCAUGAGUGCUGGCCCCCAGCUGCAGCUGGCUGUCCUCUGGCCUUGGCUGCUCAUGGCGACCCUGCAGGCAGGACUGGGCCACACUGGGCUGGCGCUGGUGGCCGCGGUGGAGUCGGAGCGGGCGGCGGCGCAGAAGGCCAUCAUCAGGGUGAUCCCCCUCAAAGUGGAGCCCAUCAUCCUGGAAGGGGAGUUCGCCAACGUCGCCGAGGUGACCCCGGCCGAAGGGAAGCUGCUCCAGUCCCACCCACUGUCCCUGUGCAACACCAGUGAGGAUGAACACACCGAGUCAGGAUUCAUCACCAUCGUCAAGCUGGAACAGCCAGACCGGGAUCCCAACCCCUGCCUGUCCCUGGCUAACAAGGCGAAGCUGGCGGGGGAGCGUGGAGCCCGUGCCAUCCUUUUCGACAUUACUGACGAUGAAAGUGCUGCUGAUCAGCUGAGGAAGCCCAGAGGCCUGAGCCAGCCUGUGGUUCUGAUCAGGGGCCACGAUGCCGAGCAGCUCAUGAGCGUCGUGAACAAGAACAGAGAGGCCCAUGUGAAGAUAGAGGUCAAGGAGCCACCAGCCUGGCCAGACUACGACGUGUGGAUCCUCCUCACCGUGGUCAGCACUGUGGUCGUCAUCGUUUUGAUUUUCGUUGUCCGCACAAAGUGCCAACUGAACAGGACUCAGGACUCCGUGCAGCAGCAGACCCUGCAGGCCAUCGGGCAGUUGGCCACACGCCGGUACCAGCCCCGGUGCCGCCCGGCGUCGCGGUGGGACUCGGCCAGCAGCUGCAGCUCCGCCCCAGUCUGUGCCAUCUGCCUGGAGGAGUUCAGCGAGGGCCAGGAACUGCGGAUCAUCUCGUGCUCCCACGAGUUCCAUCGGGAGUGUGUUGACCCUUGGCUGCAGCAACACCACACGUGUCCCCUUUGCAUGUUCAAUAUUCUUGCCAGAGACUCAACGGACCAGGCCACGGCCGCCAGCUCCAGGCUGGCCCCUCAGGACAUGGAGCCUGGACGGCGACUCCACCUUUUCCGCCAGCACCCAGGACAUGCCCUUUACCACCUCCCACACCCGUAUCCUCAGAGGAACCUCAGGAGCUUUCCCCCGGAGCCAGCCCACGGCAACCCCUUCUUCCACUCCCCAGAGCUCUCCCAGCUGGAUUUUGACACCAUCCACUACAUGCCCUACAGACCGGCCCCCUCCCUGCUCGCCUGCGGCCACACGUCCCCGCUGGCCCCGGGCCUGCUGGGCCAGCAGCUCCCCGUGCCCUCGGCGUGUGGGCAGGCGCUGGCACCCCACAGGACGUGUUCCCUGCAGGCCCAGCCCCCCUGCCCCGGGCUCAAGGCAGCCCUGGCACAGAAGCAGCACCGCGCGCCCGCCCUGCGCCGGGGGGUGAGCCACGGGCACCAGCACAACAGCAGCGGCUCCGGGGAGAGUUACCUGACGGAGCACAGCGGGUACCUGGCGGACGGGCCGGGCAGCGACUCCAGCUCGGGGCCCUGCCACGGCUCCUCCAGCGACUCCAUGUUGAACUGCACGGACAUCAGUCUGCAGGGCAUCCACGGCAGCUGCUCCACGUUCCGCAGCUCCCUGAGCAGCGACUACGAUCCCUUCGUGUACUGCAGCUCCGAGGGCCCCGCCACGGACCACGGCCAGGAGCCGCUGCGGCCGCCCAGGGAGAGGCGGCCCAGGUCCUUGGACCUCAUGGUGCCCGGGGGGGCUGCUCCAGCCAAGCCCCAGGUGCUCAGCCACGUCCACUACCACCACCACCAGCACCACCACUACCGACGGGACACGGAGUGUCCCCCUGGGCGUGCCGGGCAGGGGCCUGUGCCACGCAAACCCCGCUACUCUGGGGCCAAGGUUGGCUUCCACGGGGCUCGGACACAAAAGAGGACUGAGAAGAGCCAUCACUGCCAGCAGCCUCCGGAAAGCAGCGCUGUGCUGCAGGAGGCGGCUCUGGCAGGACAGCCGGCCUGUCCCCAGGAAGGCCGGGAGCCCCCUCAUGCCCUCUCCGCUUCUCCAAACAGGUUGGACUUCAGUGUAGAUGCCAACAGACAGUUGGGAGCAGCUGGCACAUCCCUUGCCCUGCUGCCCCCAAGACACAGCCUGCAGAGCCGGCAUCACCGAAGGAAAAGAAAGUGUUCCCUGGAGCCCGACCCCGCUCUGCUGCCCAAGGACUCGGCCUUGCCCAAAGCCUGCGAUACUCACCUUCCCCACGGCCAUCCCAGUGGCUCCCGCUGCUCUCCCGAGGUCCAGCCCCUGAUCCCAAGCGCUCCCCUGCCCGGUGGCUCCGGCUCCCGGCCGCUCUGGAAGUGUUUGGUGCCACAGUCCAGCUCCGAGCUGAGGAAGCAGGAGGAGGGGGUGUCGGGACGGGAGGGAACCCGCCCGGUUCCUGCGGAUUUCUCAGGGACAGGCACCCACAGACACAGUCUGAGUCUCCACCUGCACUGCCCGUCCCAGCAGGGUGGGCAGGGAUCUGAAGAGGAGGUCCAGGUUGUCCAUGAACACUCAGUCUAAUGAAACACUGGCCUGUUUGCUCCCUGGGAGCUGGAGUGGACGCAGAUGUUCGGCAGGAGGAGUUCACACCUCGCUCUCUGCGCAGGACCGAGCGAUGCCCAGCCCGGCCCCGCCAGACACAGACUGCAAACAGCAGUGGGGCACUCGUGGUCUCCUCACACGUCCCCACGUUGCAACAGUCCCACAAACAGAGCUGUGCUCUCCAGGCCUCCUUCUCUGAAGGCACAGGCAGCCCGUGGUCACCCUGUGGCACCUCUGCGUGGGCUGGGCAGAGGCACCAGCGGGAGAGCUCAGCGAGGGAGUGCAAGCUGCUAUUUUGGCAUGUUCAUGCCACAGAAGGUUUUGCUAAACACUUCAAAAAUAAACAAGCCUUCGAGACCAAAAGCUGCAGAAAUGACUUUCUGUGGCCUGGUAGCUCCUGACUUCAUUUCCUCACUUAGGUCAAAAGCCAGACUUCUCCAAUUAAGUUUUCCAUGCCUAUUUCAGACACAGGAACAAGCUAUUCUCCAUCUCACCGCUCACAGGUCUGCCCUGCAAGGUGCUGCUUCUGACUCCAGUGGAAACCAACAGCUCUCACCACUUCUGAUCCCUCCAGUGCCCCUCAGCUGACGCCGUCUUGGCCAUUCCCUGCAUUUGGCAGCAGCAGGAGAGGUGAAGACACAGGGACAACGUCAGCAUUUCUGGGAAGGAGCUGGGUCAGACUCUUUCCAUUGCAAAGAAUCCACCCUCUCAUCUGGCAAUGUGAACAAGUCUCUCACUCACCCUCUAACUCCUCCACCUACCCUCAAACUAGGUGUCAUGGCCAGCCCUGUUAAGAGCAACUCAUUUUUUGAGCAUAUUUCAAACCUGAGGUGUCCCCGUCACAGGAGUCAUGGAAAAUCCUUGAGUUCACGUGGUUCCUGCUGCUUCCUCUCUCACUGCCUCAAGACACAGCAAAAAUUCCCAGCAGAAGCCUCCAUAAUAAAUGCAGAGCAGGGCCCCAUCCAUCGCCCAGCCUUACCUUCAUAUUUCUGAGACACCUGAAAUGAUCCUCUGAAGGGAUUUUUCAGAAUACCCUUCUGUCUUUUCCAACAUUUUGAUGAUGCAGGGAGAAAACUUGAGAAACCAUCAGGCUCCAGUUUAUUACUUUUCCCCCCCUCUCGUUUGUGGAAGGUUUUGGGGGUUUUUUUUUGGAUGCCACUAGUUCUUAUUUCCUACGUCUCAUAAUUUGCAGACCUUCAAGUAAAAUAAAACCUGCCAAAUUCAAAACAUCUAGAACCCAAACAGCUUCCAAACAGCAGGGAAUUCCUGUUGAGCUCAUUGCCCUAAAUGAUCAGUCAGGCCAAAGAAUCAGAUUCCCAUGUGUAGUGCACAUUUAUAUGGCACCAAGUGCUUCCAAGCACAGGGAAACACUGCUGGAUACAACACUGGAGCUGAAGGUAACUCCUGACAGUUUGAAACCUGGGGUAGGAACAGGCUUCCCCAUGUGCUCAGUGCUCAGCAACCCUCCUGUGUCUUCCUUUGAAUCAGCAGCAGCUUCUCCAGCUCGAGAGAGAGCACACUGGUUAUGCAGUCCCAGUUCAGGAUAAUUCUGCCUCUGCCUUCGUUUGUGGUGAGGAAAGCUUUUUAUGGGGUUUGCUGCCCUUAAUCCUUGGAAAAAAGGCAUCUUUCUCCCAGCUGCUCAUCAGCCCCUGACAGUCAGUGAUCAGCCAAUAGCACUGUUUCAUUAUUCCCUUGCUAUUCCCUUCCCUGUCUCCUGUGACUGAGCCCCUGCAGGACCUCUCAGUGUAGAGAAGAAACUGAUUUCUUUCAUCAAAGAACCCACCAGAAUUACAUUUAAACCUUUCCAGGCUCUUCUUGCAGGCAGAAGACACAAGCUCAGAUGUUUUCUCCCUUGCAGGAAAGUCAGUUUUCGACUAGAGGAAAAUACCCAGGAGCAGAUCCAGAUUUGCCCUGUUUGGCUUCUUGUGGACUUUGUCCAUGGCUUGUCUCAACCAGCUCCCCCACGUCCUUGACCAUCCUGGAGGGCUCAGAGGACUUCACAGAGGGGAGGGCCAUGAGGUCAGGGUGCUCCCACUGUUCUCUUUAGGAGUCAAGAAGGCUGAGAGCUUCCAGGGAUGCAUUUCACUGCUCAAAGGAACAAGUGGGCUCUUUUGCAGUCAGAAGUCCUCCUCUCUUUUCCCUCCUUAUCCCUAACUAAACAGGGAAUCUGCAGCAAGCCCCAAGCUUCUUGGGAGCACUAAUGCACCCUCCACUCCCCACUGCAGUAUUACCAGGGUGCCAGGGCAGUGCCUGCUUCCAAGUGUUUCCCUUUCCUGACCUUAUGCUGCUGCUCCUUUUCAUCUAGAAACGGCCCUGCUGGAUGUUGUCCUGCUCUGUGGGCCUUGUUCAGCUGCAGGUCUGCCUUGGUGGGGGCCCAGGUGGGAGGAGAGGGGGGAACUCUCUGGGAAGGUGAGUUUUACGAUCCUUUUCGGUAGAUGGAUGACUGUCCUUGGCUGCCGGGAAGGGAAGAAGCAAUAUCUGAGAAAACAGGGAAUGGCUCCUCGCAGUUCCUGUACCUCUGGCUUCUGGGUGAUGCUUUUGAGUGCUCAGUAUGCGUGGGCUCCAUCAUGGAAUUUCUCCAGCAUCCCAGCAGUGAAGCAGAGCUCAUUUUCCUUCACUGCAUCCAAGGCUGAAAACUGAUGGAAACCAGAGCAUCCCAAGGUCCUUCUGUCCCAACCGAAGGCCCAGCCCUUCCCCAGGGACCCCCUUUGUCCCAGGAGCUCCCACCCCCUGAGCUGGGAUCCACAACUGGGCUGGCUGGACAUCCCCCCUCCUACACAGAUCCUUCAGAUCCUUCGGAAAUGUGAAUAUCGGUUUGUUUUGUUGUUGUUGCUUCUUGUUUAGUUUGGUGUUUUUUUGCUGAGUCUGUCCUGGCUCUCAGGGGUUGGGAAUAAAUUAUGACCCAGGAAAAAGAAAAACAAAACCAAAAACAAAACCCAAAAAAACCCCAUCACAAAAACAAUCCAAAAAAAAAAUAGGAAAAUACAUUUUAUAUAUAUGCCAAACUGUGUAUUUAUGUCCGAUCCACACGGAGAUGUGUGAAUAUGCUGAUGUGCUCAGAAAUAUAUUUAUUUACUAAUAUAUUUAUCCAGGUA